AUGUCUGGCCUACCUCGCGAGAUUCCGGACGAGAUCUGGAAGUACACUCUAUACAACCCAGCCUGGAACACACCAUCGAGCGAGACCUGCCAACAACCCCAACAGCCUGCAAUCUGCCGCGUCAAUCAGCAGAUGCGCCAUGAGUGUCUUCCGAUGUUCUACAACUGCAAUACGUUCCAUUUGCACGUCGGGGAUCCAUCAAGCGUGGCAUGGCUGCGUGCUAUCGGUCCUUCCAACAUCCAAAACCUGCGCCAUCUAAUUCUCACCAACAUCGUCAUGCGUAUCGCGCCGUGCCACUGUGGCAAAAUUGAGAUUAACGGGUUCUUCGACCUACAGGACGGUAGCCUGACGAUCUCCGCGUACAAGGCGGCAGACACCAAGCAGCCACAUCGCGAACGUGUUAGGAAAGGCGUACGACUGGCUGCAGAGGAGUUCUUCAGGCGCGAGAUCGAGACCGCUUUUAUUCGUGGAGUUGAGCGGAGCGCUGAAGGGCUCACUAUACUUAUGGAGCGUUUUGAUGUCGUCUGCAAAGAUUGGAAUAAUCCUUUGAAACGGUACGAUAGCGGUCUCGAUGAUAAUGAUAGCUAG